CUGUGUGUGAAAUAAAUAAUGUGCGGCAGAGGCAGGCCAUGGAGGUGUACAGAACUUGUCGUCGCCGGAAGCAUCUGUAACUUUUCUCUUCAUGGCCGCGGCAACAAUGUUUCUUUUUUGAUUACUCUUCUUUUUCGAUGUUCUUCCAGUCAGUUUACAUGGGCAAUGUAGCUUGAACAUGUGAACGCGUUUACUUUGUUCUGCUCUUAUGGAAGUUUUAGAUUAAUUUAGUCUAAAACUGCAGUCUGAACGCUAUAAUAAUUACCCCUCAAAAAUUGAAUCCCUGUGACCUGCACUGGAUUUAAAUUUUGUCAAAUAUAAAAGGCACUUUUUUUUUGCGUCUUCGGAAUCUAUAUCGACGUGAAGAUUUGUUUUCGCUAGAUCCCCAACAACGUGCGGUUUUAUGUUCGAUGCCUCACGGCAUUGUUCUGUCUCGACCAGGCAUGUAAGGUCCCUCGAGCUGAGGAAUGAGUGGCCGCGAGCAAUCGGGCGGUGAACACUAUUUUCGGAUUUAAGAACUGGGUGGAAUAUCUGAAGUUUCUGAACAUGGAUAUUACAGUGUCAGAGUUGAUGGGAAACUUCAUGGAUACGCCGCUGGUGGUGUGGGUGAAGACCUUUGGACCCCUGGGCUCUGGCUCAGAGGACAAACUCUCCAUGUUCAUGGAUCUGGUGGAUGGUGUCUUCCUGCACAAGAUCAUGACACACAUAGACCCCAGCCCCACAAAUCAGAGAGUGAAUAAGAAUGUGAACAAUGAUGUGAACCUACGAAUCCAGAACCUCAACAUUGUGAUCAGGCACAUCAAGAACUACUACCAGGACUGUCUCCAGCAGCUCAUCCUGAUGACCCUGCCUAAUGUGCUGACCAUCGCGAAGGACCCCCUCUCAGGCAAGGGCAUGGAGGAGGUGAAGAGACUGCUGCUGUUGAUCCUAGGCUGUGCUGUACAGUGUGAGAGGAAAGAAGAGAUCAUUGAGAAAAUCAAACUGCUCGACAUCGAGAAGCAGGCAGCCAUCGUCUCCCACAUUCAAGAGGUGACCCAUAACCAGGAGAAUGUGUUGGACAUGCAGUGGCUGGAGCUGCCAGACAUGCCCCCUGAGGAGCUCAACCCCCUGUCCCGUAACAUGGCGCUGCACCUCCGCAAACUCAUAGAUGAACGAGAUGAAUGUGCAGAGGUGAUCGUGGAGCUGACCCAGGAGAAGGACUACCUCCAGUCCCAGCAGCCCUCCAAUCACAUGGGUUACCCCUGUCCUGAGAGGAAUGUGUUGGGCCUGGACGGACCCGUCUCACUGCUGUCCAAAGAGGACCGGCAGCACCUGGCUGUGGAGCUGGCCGACACUAAAGCCAAACUGAGACGCUCACGGCAGGAACUGGAGGAGAAGACUGAGCAUCUGAUGGAUACCAAACAUGAGGUGGAGAGGCUGGACCUGGAGAUGCAGAAACUCAAGCAAGAGAACAUGCAGGUGCUGGCGGAGGCACGGUCGGUGCGUGCCUACAGGGAUGAGGUGGAUGCUCUGAGGGAGAAGGCAGCCAAGGUGGACAGACUGGACACAGAGCUGUCACGCUGCAAGGAGAGGCUACACGACGUCCACUUCUACAAGACACGAGUCGAGGAGCUGAGAGAGGACAACGUGACUCUGAUUGAUACCAAAGCCAUGCUGGAAGAGCAGCUGGGGGCUGCCAGGGGGCGCUGUGACAAACUACAUGAGUUGGAGAAGGAGAACCUGCAGCUGCGCUCCAAACUCCAUGACAUGGAGAUGGACCGGGUCACAGAUAAGAAGCGCCUGGAGGAGUUGAUAGAGGAGAACAUGCUGCUGGAGAUCUCUCAGAAACAGAGCAUGAACGAGUCUACCCACCUUGGCUGGGAGCUGGAGCAGCUUGCUAAGAACAAUGACAACAGCGACACGCGCAAAUCGUUUGUGUUUGAGCUGAACGAGUCUACGUCGAGCCGUCUGCUGAAGCUGGAGAAAGAGAACCAGGUUCUACAGACCACCAUACAGGAGCUCAGAGAGGCUUCCCUAAGUCUAGAGGAGGGCCAGCUACAUACCUUGGAGCUGGAGAGUGAGAACCAGGGCCUCUGCAAGAAGCUGGAGCAUCUGCAGACCCUGCUGGACCAGGAGAAGCAGACAACCCAGGACAUGGAGGGUCUCGGGGAAGAUCUACUCAAAGACAAGCAGAAACUGGAUAAGGCUCUGGAGACACUGCAGGAAGACAAGGACAGACAGAUCUCUGAGCUGGAGCAGGAGAAGGAGCACCUGAGCCAGGCGGUGAGCUCCCUACGUCAGCGCGCCCAAGCCAACAGUGAGGCUCGGGUCAGGGAGGUGGAGACGGAGAACCGCGUCCUCCACCAGACCAUCACGGACACCGGGUCCAAGCUGGCCCGACUAGAGGCCCAGGGCAAGCAGUCGACUAAGGAGCUGGAGACACUGAGGGAGAGGGGGGAGCGCUGUGAGGAGCUGGAGAGGGAGACUGCACAUCUUGGGAGGAGCAAAGAGCAGCUUCAGAGGGAGGUGGCGUCGCUGAUUAUUACGUGUGACCGGGCCGAGGCCCUGGAGAGAGACAAUGCCAGCCUGGAGCAGGACAACCGGAGGCUGAAGAAGCAGGCGGACACGGCCCAGAACACCAGCCUGCGCCUGACUACUCUGGAGAAGGACCACAGCCUCCUGGACCAGGAGAACCUGGAGCUCCGCCGCACUGUGGAAUCUCUUCGGCCGGCCGCCGCGCGCCUGGCCCAGCUCCAGCAGGAGAAUGGGGAGCUAGAGCGGGACAGGGAGGAGCUGGCCCGGUCUGUGGAGGAGCUGAGGUCCCAGGGGAAAAGGGCAGAGAGGCUGGAGAUGAGCAUCAGCAGCCUGGGUCAGGAGAACCAGAGGCUCCAGCAGAGCCUGGACAACAGCUCCACAAAGAUCCAGGGGCUGGAAAGGGAGCUAAGGCAGGCCGAGGCUGAGACAGGGGGGCUAAGAAGGGAGCUGGAGGAGGUGUGCCUGGUGGCGAAACGCCUGGAGGCAGUGGAGAAGGAGAAGAGGGGGCUGGAGCAAGAACUGGGCCAGUCAGAGAAGGAGAGUAAGCAGCUGGAGAAGGAGGCACGGAGGCUGUGGCAGCAGCUGGAGGUGAAGGAGAGGGUGCUGGAGGAGAGUGCUCUGAGGCUGGCCUCCCUGGAGAAGGAGGGCAUCACCAAGGAGAAAGAGCUGGAGAGGUUAAAGGAGGCGACUGGGAAGGUCAAAGAGCUAGAGCGGGAGAGCAAGGAGCUGCAGAAACAGGCCACGAUUGACAAGAGGACCCUGGCCACACUCCGAGAGGACCUGGUGAAUGAGAAGCUAAAGGUGCAGCAGCAAUGGAACGAGUUGGAGACACUGAGCCAUGAGCUGGAGAAGAUUGGCCUGAACAGAGAGAAACUACUGCAGGAGGAGCACAGCUGUGAAGACAAUAAGUUCAAGAUCUUGGAGAGUAAGAUCGAGUCAACACUGAAGAAGACUCUGGAGAUCCGUGAGGAGAAGAUUCAGGGGCUGGAGUCCCGGCUGGAGGAGUCUAGUAGUCUCAACCAGCAGCUACGCACUGAACUCAGCACCGUGAAGAAGACUCUAGAGGCUCUGCGACAGAGGCAGGAGGAAGAGGAUGCCCACUCCCAGACCCAGAGCUCCACACUGCAGGCUGUAGGUCAGGGCCAGGGCAGGCCUGGCCAGAAGGAGAAGUGGGAGACGGAGACUAGAGAGGCCACCGCGGAGCUCCUCAAACUCAAGGACCGCCUCAUCGACAUAGAGAAGAAUAAUGCAACCCUGCAGACAGAGAAGCACCUUCUGAAGGAGCAGCUGAGACAGCUGGACACCCAGAACAGUCAGCUGAAUGCCCAGACUGUGGCCGUACAGAGGCAGUCUGCAGUACUGCAAGAGCACAACACGGCCCUGCACACACAGACAGCCAAGCUACAGGUGGAGAACUCCACCCUCAACUCCCAGAGUGCAUCUCUCAUGGCCCAGAAUGCUGUGCUACAGGGCCAGGUGGGGGCGCUGGAGAGUGAGUCAGAGGCGUGGCAGCGGCAGCGGGAGGAGGCGCGGGUGGGUAGGGAGAGCGUGCUGCAGGAUCACGAGCGCCUGCUGAGUGUGCAUGAGAGACAGGCAGCGGAGUACGAGCAGCUCAUCGCCCAACACGCCACCCUGAAGGGCAACCAGAGAGCUCUGGAGCAAGAGCACCGCACACUGGAGAACAAGUACAUAGUGCUCCUGAAGCAGAAAGAUGCCAUGGAGGCGCUGGAGUCCACCCUCCAGAAGGAGAGGGAGAGUCUAGGAGAGGAGAUCCACAAAAACGCCCUGAUCCUGGGGGAGAACCAAAGCCUGAGGGGGGAAGUGGACAGGUUGACCCAGACACAUACCCAGCUACGUGCCGAGUAUGAUGGGCUGCAGGUGCAGACCAAGGAGCUGAAGACUAGUCUGAAUGGAGCUCAGUUGGAGGUGAACCGCUGGCAGGCCAGAUACGACUCAAUGAAGGAGCAGCACCAGGGCCUGGACAUCUCCAUGACCAAGCUGGACAACCACUGUGAGUUACUGACGCGUCUGAAGGGGAACCUGGAGGAGGAGAACCACCACCUGCUGAGUCAGAUCCAGAUGUUGAGCCAACAGAACCAGACCCUUCUGGAGAGAACCAUGGAGAGCAAGGAGCUUUACCACGAAGAGCAAAAACAGUACAUUGACAAGUUGAACUCACUCCGGAGGCAGAAAGAGAAGCUGGAGGAGAAGAUCAUGGACCAGUACAAGUUCUAUGAUCCAACCCCUAAAAAGAAGAACCACUGGGCCGGGGCAAAGGCCUUGGCCAAACUCAUCAAGCCCAAGAACAGACAGGACAGCUCGAGGGAGAGGGUGCGGAGCGCCCCAGACAUCCCCCUGCCUGAACCUCCCACCCUGGACUUCCCUGACAUACCUCCCCCCUGCCUCCCCCUCCUCUACCCCCCCGCCAGUCCCGCCUCAGCCUGGACUCUGUGGGGAACCACUCUCAGGAGGAGAACCACCACGGACAGGGGCACUCCCCUACCCUCACCCCCACCCACUCCAGCAGAGCACCCCCAGCCCUGCCAGCGGUACUCCCUGUCACAGCAGCCAAGCGCACUAAACGACAGUGGAGUGUCCCGAGGCAGGGAGCUGUACCGAAUUCCAGGGGGUAGCGGUGAGAGUGUCAAUGGCACAGAAGAGCUCUACGCCAGAAGAAGAGGUGUGGAGCUAGGGGGUGCUGCUCACUCCACCCUCGCCAACCACACCUCCACUUCAGGCCUGACGCUCAACUCGAGCUCCAGGCCUGGACGCAGACCCAAAGGUUUUAUCCACGAGGACGACCCUCGGGUUCACUCCCCCGACGCCCUGUUUGGGAGCAGUAUCCAUGGAAACGCAGGUUAUCGACCAGGUUCUGCUGAGCUCAGCCGCAACACCUCCAGCAGCAACUCUCCUGUUAACUGCAAAGAUUCCCUGGAGCGCCUGCAGGGCCGUUCUGCCAGCCUGUCCAGUGAUGACGUAGUGGGCGUUAGUCACGACGUCUCCCACUCCCUGUCUCUCCCCCGGAGCUCCACGGUUCCCUACGACGCCCAUACACACACCCCGACCAAGAGGAGUGCACCCCGGCCGGGCCGCCACCGAACCUCCUCCCCUGGCAGCGAUAUGGUCACCUUGGAAGAGUUCCUGGAGGAGAGCAACACCCUCUCACCACCAACUGUGCAGACAGGCAGUCAGGAGGACCUGAUGGAGGACUACUUCAGCAGAACAGGAGAGCGGGAGAGAUCCACCUCCGGCCGGCCUGCUCUGAGAGAUGGAGCCAAGACCCCAACCAGCUAUGUCACACCCACCGUGAAGAGAGACACAGACCUCCAACGGGCCGGCGAGGUGCCAGGCAGGAACUCUAAACCAGGCCAGAGCGUCAGGCCCAUCGUCCGGCUCCCUGAGGGAUCCACCUCCACACCCCAGUCCCAGACCCUACCCAACCGGGCCAGCAACGGGUUAGGGACAGGGGGGCGGCCCUCACCCCUGGGACCUCCUACACCCCGUGGAGGUGGUCUGGGCAGCAGCAGUCUGUCUCGGACCUUCAGCCUGGCCUCUGCUGACCUGCUGCGCUCAAACGGUCCAGAUAGCUACCGGACAGACAGGGAGGCAGGUUGCUCACCCAGCCAGAGUGGAGGUGGUGGAAGUGUGGACGGGGUGGUCAGGAGGCCUGGGGCUGGAGCCAUGGCCAGGGAGCGCCCCCACUCUGCCAGGCUAGCAGGACCCUCGGACAUAGACCCCCGCAGGCUACCUCUGACUCCACCCAAAGAGGAACCACUCAGCCUGACCCUUCCCCAGCACCUCUCCUCCUCCCUAUCCUUGCAGCCCGAGCGAUACGGAGGAAGAACAACACCAGGCUCCGCCCCCAGGAACAAUGGACCCAGCACCGGACAACAACAGGGACGACCCAACCCCCAGCAGAAUCAGCAGAACCAUCGUGGGGAGGUUGCCAUGGUGACACCAGUUAGGGCAGUGCCGGCUCUGAGACUGGAGGAGGCACAGGAGGAAGAGGUGCAGCGCAGAGAGGCGCGGCUACAGGCGAACUCCCCGUUACUGAAGAAACCGGAGGUGGGAGGAGGAGGGGGGCUGAGCUGUGGCACAGGGGAGCCCCCCACGAGCACCCCUGCCUCCCCAGACCCCAAUAAUGACCCCCAGACUGUGUGGUAUGAAUAUGGCUGUGUCUAGGAGCCAUUAGUGUAGUUACAGACCACAGCCCCAGUACUGUACAAACACUGUUCUUCCUGCUAAACCACAGGAUGUCUGGCCUGGUCUUGUCUGGCACUCCUAGGCUGGUCCUUACUGUACUGGAUAUAUCCUUUAUGAUUCGGACUGUUUGAAACUUCCUAACUGUAAUCUUUAAUGGUGAAACCGCCAACAACAAAGAAGUUACUGCACACAACGAACACUGUUUUUCCCCUCAGACAUUAUUACACGCACGACAGGAGAGCAAAAUAUGUACUGCUUGUUUGUUUUUUUUACCAUGCUGCGCAACGUCUUCUCAGCUCGGCAUCAAAAACAAUAACGGCGUUGCUGUGGCGGCCAGUGGCGCUGUUUCCCCCUACUGCGGAUUCUAUCUUUAAAGCUUCAUAAAGAAGAUGCAGCCACACAGAGACCACCUCAAUCAACACACAACCGGGGCCUGUCCCCGCUGGAAAAACACAUGGUUGAUUUGAUUUGCAUGACCAAGGGACCACCAGUAUCGCAGUUACAUUAGCACAUGAAUGUUUUGAGGAAGACAAAAGGCACUAGGGAGCGACGAAUGUAUUUUAAUAUUUUUCUAUUGGACACCACUGAUUCCCCUCAGCUCUCUGUGCAUUGUGUAUACAACCUUGGCCUUGUCCAAGAAGUUAUAUUCUGAAUCUGAAAAACAAACAUUUUGGGGAAGGAGAAAAGAACCACUCCCAGAGUAAUUGCAUGGUAAUUUCUGUCCUCCAUCUUUAGGAGCUUAAGGACAGACAGUGUUUGAUUGUCUCAACACAGCCUCGGAGUAACACAUUACUGGAAAAAGGUCUGCUCCAACUUUGAACAUACUGUUUUCUGUUGUGGCCUGUGGGUGACCAAACUAUGGGCUUUGUGAAACUGGCUUGUGGGGAGCAUGUAAUUCAUCCCAUAUCUGUCCUUGUGCACGCGAGGCAGGACGAGAAAGUAGAGUGAGAGAGCACCGCACUGACCAACUUCCGAAAAGAGAAAAAGCAGGGAUUUUGUAGCAAGAGAGGGCAUACUUUUUAAAUGAAAGGAGUGAAGGAGGAUUGAGAAAGUGAUGGAGAUGGAGUGAAAGUGAGUAAAAAAAAAAAAAAAAAAAAAGAUGGACAAAGAUGGAAAUGGUGACAUGAUGAUUAAAACGGAUGAAGAUGAGUUAGAGAUUGGUCAGGUUGAGAAAUAAAACGGUGAAAUAUUUCAUACUGUCCAUGACUGAGCACCGUGAAUGCCCCCAGAAACUAGUGUCUAUACCAGAGCUCUCCAACCCUGUUCCCGGAGAGAUACCCUUAUGUAGGUUUUCACUCCAACCCCAGUUGUAACUAACCUGAUUCAGCUAAUUAUUAGAAUCUGGUGCACUAGAUUGGAGUUAAAGUGAAAAUGUACAGGACGGUUGGAGAGCCCUGCUAUAUACAGUAGAACACUGUCAGUUUUGAUGUUUUCUAUAUGCAUAUGAUGAAUAUUAUUUUCCAAAAUCAUUCCAAAAAGCACUAUACAAUGAAGUAGAUAAUGAGUCUGAACACUGGAUACAUUUUUACUACAGAAAACGAGUACAUUGUCGACCAAGGGGUAAGGGUUUGUCUUUUUCAUUUUGAGUUCUUGAUAGUGUUAAAUGUAUGUUUGUUUUUUUAGACUGUCUGCUACCCAGCUAUAAAAUGGCAAUUAAGACUCAAUGUAUUUAUGUUCCCCUCGAUGAUAAAACUACAGUUUAUCUGCAUGUUUUUUCUUUCUCACCUAAAUGCGUUUGUUGUGAAGUGAACAGUGUGUGUUUCAUUGUAAGGGUGGUGGUGUUUGAAUUGUGCACAACUUCAUUAAUUCAAAAAGUAGCGAUGCGUUUUCUGUAUUCGUAAAAAGUCAGUGGAUAAAAUUCUAAUUAGACUCCUGUAUUAGGUGGAUGAUUAGUCUGCCUGUUACAGUGUAACAAUGCAUCAGAUGACUAUAUAGAGCGUGAAAAUUGACCAUAUUUGGCACUUUUCUCUACUAAAUCAAAUUUCCCUUCCACAGCUGUUCUCUUCAGAUUGAUGAAAGGUUGGUAUGGUUGGCAUUCCCAAGAGAAAUAUCAUCUGUUUUGCAUUGAAUCUCGUGUGUGUGUGUGUGUGUGUGUGUGUGUGUGUGUGUGUGUGCGCACACACACCUAUGCACAAUAUGUGUGCCAUCACCAUGUGUACAGGUGUCUAAGGUCUUGUCUAACUGGUGCACAGUUCCUGUGUGUAAUGUACAGUAGGUUAGAGAUUUGAUUUUGAUAAUCAUGACCAAACACUACUAAAAAAUGACUGGAGUUCUAAAAGACACACCUACCAACAUGCACAGAUACUGAAAUGAAAAUAUUGCAAAUGUUUUCAUCGCUUAAUGUAGAUACAUAGACCUUUUCUGUCCAAAAACAAUGGAAACCUUUUUUAAAUAAAGAUUUGUAAAAUGA